GGGAGGCGUGCUCGCGGCUGCAACGGCGGCGGGAGGACGCGAUCUUGGGUGACGCCCGCCCCUUUGGUCUGACGGUAACGGCUGUAAAAGAUUCAGGAGAAUGGAAUUUGGAGGCUGGGGCGCUAGUGCUUGCAGACGCGGGCCUCUGCUGUAUCGAUGAGUUCAAUAGCCUUAAAGAGCAUGACAGAACCAGUAUCCACGAGGCAAUGGAGCAACAGACCAUAAGUGUUGCUAAGGCUGGCCUUGUGUGCAAGUUGAACACAAGGACCACCAUCCUGGCAGCAACUAACCCCAAAGGCCAGUACGACCCCCACGAGUCCGUGUCUGUGAACAUCGCCCUUGGCAGCCCACUCUUAAGUCGAUUUGACCUGAUCCUGGUUUUGCUUGAUACGAAGAAUGAAGAUUGGGAUCGUAUAAUUUCCUCCUUUAUCUUAGAAAACAAAGGUUACCCAAGCGAAUCAGAGAAGCUCUGGAGCAUGGAAAAGAUGAAAACCUACUUCUGCCUCAUUCGGAAUCUGCAGCCCACGCUGUCUGACGUGGGUAACCAGGUUCUUCUCCGGUACUACCAGAUGCAAAGGCAGAGUGAUUCCCGGAACGCUGCCCGGACAACCAUCCGCCUGUUGGAAAGCUUGAUACGAUUAGCAGAAGCUCACGCUCGCCUGAUGUUUCGUGACACUGUGACUCUGGAAGAUGCUAUUACCGUGGUGUCAGUAAUGGAGUCCUCAAUGCAGGGAGGUGCACUGCUGGGAGGUGUGAAUGCGCUCCACACUUCCUUUCCUGAAAACCCGCUGGAGCAGUACCAGAGGCAGUGUGAACUUAUUCUGGAAAAGCUGGAGCUGCACGAUCUCUUGAGUGAAGAGCUGACAAGACUUGAAAGGUUACAGAAUCAGAGUGUGUACCAAUCCCAACCACGGGUAGUGAAGGCAGAGACUACUCCAGGAUCCUCGAGAAAUGAUCCAGGGGAAGAACUCCAGUUCGGAACAUCAACACAGCAGGAAACGAAUUGCAGUGUGCGUACCCCUGCUGUUGGAGGCAGUGUCAAGGGAAGCCCACUUGUCAAUCUGCCACCCCGUCUGGAGCCUAACAGGUCAAAAAGUAGAAAACAUUCAGCUGAGCUCAACGAGAGAAGAGAUCACAGUUUGGAUUGGUUUGACUCCAUAGCAGUUGAUCAGAUUGAACCUAAAAACACUGUUCCUAUGUCUCCUGGUCCCAAAACAACUGGGGCAAAAAUGGCUUUGAAAAUCUCCAGCAACAGAUCUCAGGGUAAGGAAAAGAGUGAGUCAGGCCGAAAGAGCAAAUUGGAAACGGGACAGCUUCCAGCACCAAGAGAGACAGAAGCUCCAUUGAGGCCGCACCGUGUUGAGGGGGAAAAGGAAAGACAAGCAGCAGUAGUUUCUGAAGCAGCUGUCACUGCUGCCGAAGCCGACUCGGUACUGACUCUUCAUGUCCCCAGGAGACUACACAGGUUGCGCUCAGAGAGGGCCCAGGAGCGGUGCAUAAAUCCCGCCCGGGCACCUGCGCAGCCCACAGGCCCUUCCCAUGCUCCGUGCAUGCCUGUGCAUAGGCCAGAAAGAGCACUGGAGACUCCCAAGAGAAAGAGAAAGAAAGCCCUCGCUCAGGCAGAAGAGUCUGAACCUGAAAGUGUUGAGAGUCCAGGUCCUCCUGUGGCCAAACUGGCAAAGUUUACUUUCAAACGAAAGUCAAAACUGAUCCACUCGCCUGAGGACCACAGCCAUGUGUCUCCUGGCACAACUAAAAUGGCAGCUCAGAGUCACAAAAUUUCCCAGCACAGAGCUACAGGAGAAGCAGCGCUGCCUGUAAAGGGUCCGGAAAAGUUGACCUCUGCCUCAGGAAACGGAAACUGCGAUCAGCUGCAGAGGAAGGCAAAGGAGGUGUCACAGCAGCCACCAGAGGAAGACGCAUCAAGAGAGAGGAUGAAACACCACCCUGAAAAGAGAGUUGUUCAGCCCGAAUUUCAGUUUCGGAAUGAGACUGGGCGUUUACGUCUUACUUGUGAAAGAGGCACAGAGGAAGCGCUUUCAUGCAAUAAUCAAAGCAGCAAGGUUCAUGCUUGCACACUAGCCAAAUUGUCCAACUUCUCCUUUACUUCCUCCGAAUCCAAAUCAGAAUUCCCUCCUUCUGAAAGUAAGAACUGUGGUGGCACAGCCCCCUACAUAUAUGGGGAGCCGUCACCCACACUGUCACUCAGCACACAGAGGAAGCUGUGGUAA